AGCUAUUCAAGCAUUCAUAGAAGACAUCGCUGCGUCUGUCUUGAACAUGUCGUCGUCACCGGAGCCUCGCCCGAUACAUCUCUACAAAAUCCUCUCUUCACAUCCCAUCGAACCUUUUCCCAUUGAGUAUCCCCUCUCAGGGCUCGACGCAAAGGAUGGAUUCGUUCACCUAAGCACGGCAAUGCAGGUCCCCAACACGGCCGAUUUAUUCUUCACUGAAACUCCUACCCUAUGGAUCAUCAAGUUUAAGAUGUCAAAGUUGGCGGAUCCGAUCAAAUGGGAAAAUGGGUUCCCGCAUUUAUAUGGCAACUUUGGCGCAAGAGAUGUUGUGAGCUUUGCGAAAUUUGAACGAAGAGAGGGGCAGAGAUGGGUUGAGUGGAUGCUCGACGUAGAGUGGCUCGAAUGGUAAUUACUACGUCGCAUCAACACAAAUAGUAUCACUACAUGGCACUGUAUAAAAUUGUUUCACAUGCUUCUUUUAUUUU